GGAGAGGGGAAUCAGGUGGCAGGGUUUGCAUCUCACUUGUGAAAGUUCAGUGGAGCUUCUUCCACUCUUUGCCAAGGAACUUCCUCUGGAUAAACAGCCUAGAGCCUGCAGACUGAGUGGGAUGCGCUCCGAGGCCCUAGCCGCGGUGCCUCCUGCCAAGAACGUAGUGAUCUAUCGGAACGGGGACCCCUUCUUUCAUGGCAGGAAGUAUGUGGUCAGCCAGCGCCGCUUCUUGACCUUUGAGGCCUUCUUGAAUGAGGUGACCAGCACGAUCCAGGCCCCUGUAGCUGUCAGGAGCAUCUAUACUCCCAGGCAGGGCCAUCGAGUCAAUGACCUGGAAGAGCUACAUAAUGGUUGCCAGUACGUCGCUGCAGGCUUUGAGCGGUUCAAGAAGCUGGACUACAUAGCACCCGAAAUGAAGCAGCUCAGUGAGCAUCCAAAAAAAGAUGGCACACAGAGCCAUCCAGUUAUUUCCCGGAGGACAAACGUUUUGGAGCGAUGGAGGAGACAGGUGAACGUGCCCUGCGUUAUACAUGUUUUUCGUAACGGGGACUUGCUCAGCCCUCCUUUCCGCCUGAGCCUUACUAAGAGUACCCUGCAGCAAUGGAACUCUGUCUUAAGCCUGUCGUCGAAGAAGGCAAACCUGCACAGUGGAGCUGUCCGAAAGCUCUGCCGGCUGAAUGGUGAUGCCGUUUCUUGUGGUGAAGAACUGAUGAGUGGGGGCUACUACGUAGCAGUGGGGACAGAGAAGUACAAGAACCUGCCCUAUGUGGAGCUGCUGGUGCCCCAAAAGGUCGUGCAUCGGUCCUUUCGGAACUACCCCAGUAACAGGAGGAGGAAUUGCAAUCAAGAAUUUGGCAAACUCCACUUGGCUUCUCAAGAUGGUGCCAGUGACUCAGCGCUUCUUGAAACGCCAAAGCAGCUGGAUCCCCGGAGGGUGCAGUCUACAGGAGUUGUAGUGAAAGAGAGAGCUCCAAGCCCUUAUCCAGCAGUGCAUGAAAAAGCCAGGAAAUAUCUACACAGUGAGGAGGAGGGACAGAAGAGUAUCAUUCAUACAAAGCCAGUCCUUGUUCGGCAGAUCAGCCAGAACUUUCGUCAGUGGUCUGAUGAAGAAGAAGGAAGUGUUUAUAAAAUGAAAGGAUCAAGAAAAGAAAUGCAGGGUGCCCAGGAAGUCGGGGAGGAUGAAGACACACAGGUGGAAUUACCUGUUGACCAGAGAGUCGCAGAGAUGGUGGAAGAGGAUGCUAUGCUGAAAACUAAAAAAUGGCACCCUAACAAGAAUGUCCCCAUGAAACAAAAGGGGAAAGUGCAGAAGGCAAGGAUUCAGCGUGGUGCCGGUGACUCGGGGGACGAAACUCCAUGACGGCCUGGCUUCCGCUCAGUUCUGGGAAACUCUGCUGGAUAUGAGAAACGACUGAGGGGAGAGAGACCCCAACAUGUUUUCUUCUGGAUUUCUGCUGACCUUGUCUAGAUCCCUUACAGAUUUUCUUAAAUAAAUUUAUAAAACCAGAA